GUAUAAAUUAGCCAGCUAAAUCUUUGAUAAAGAAUCAAUUUUAAAGCUAUUAUCCAUUUUUUCAGUUUUACUGGACUUUUUUCAUACAAUAUCUUAUUCUAAAAUACUUGCUUUGAUACAAAAAGAAACCAUUAAGCUUUAUUGUUGUUCAGAAAGAUUAUGAAUUGAGUUUAUUGUUGAAAUGAUGCUUGCUAGGCCAAACAAUGAUGUAUUUUCUGUUUCAAACGAUGAACUGGAGCAUAGAAGGUACUGUAAAAGCAUAGAAAUCGCUUUAAAGAAUAGAGGCCGAUCAAAAAAGAAAGCUGUAAUUAAUGCGUCGCCAACACGUCAAAUCUAAUUCGCUAUUGGCGUGACAGCGCAGGGCAAUUGAAGAAGUCUGUUUUUUCUUUUCUCCUUUUUUUUGUGGUAGCAGACAACGAGAAAAGCUUUAUUCUUUGCUUCUUUUUUCAAAGGAAUGGUUUUGGCACCUUCUAUUAAUGAUAAUCGUUCAAGUGCACCAAGAAACAACGGUAACGGUACGGCACCGAGAAUAAGGCGACAAUCAGGUAUCAGUGAUUUUUUCGCCAAAUCAAAACCCACAUCUGUGGUUCAACAUCACAGGCAUCCAUCAGAGAGCUCUUCCACUAGACUCCAUACAGCAACUAUGCAGCAGCGGCAAAGAAGAGAAAGGGAGCCAUCAUUUAGAGGGCCAUCCUUGCACGUUAGGCAGCAAUCAACAAAUAAUAACAUUAGUAUGACAGCAUCUGGGAAACAGAUUGACCAUCGUACACGUGUAAAAAGAGAAUCAACACCUGUGGGAGCUUCGAAUGUACUCAGUCCAGUGCAAGAGAAUAAAAUUUUGAGCGGUGUAGUCGCUUGUUUAGAUGUUAGGACCGAUGAUGGUGACGACGUUUCACUUAAUUUUGAGCGAGCUUUGCAUUCCAUGGGCGCGAAGACUCGUCGAACAUUUAGCGAUUCUGUGACACACUUGGUUUACAAAAAUGGUUCAGCAGCAACAUUAAAGAAGGCUAUGAGCAAGGAUGUAUUUAUUGUUAAUUUGUUGUGGGUUUCCAGAUGUAAAAGAGAAGGCAAGCGAUUACCAGAAGCGGAUUUUUUGAUUGAAAAACCACAAGGAUUGGUUUUAACUGGAACGAAAAAGAGAAAAUCGAUGGAGCCAGGAAAAGUGAAGCCGCUGAAUGAUGUGGAACCAACUCCAUCUACCUCGAGCGAUGGAUCAGUAGAUGAUGGAUUGAUUACAGAGAGAAUUGAAGAUUUAGAGCCGAGAAGGAGAACAAUAGCCACCACUAGCUGGAGAGUUAAAGAUUUCAAAAGAUCGAACGAAAGCGAGUUAAGAAAGAGAGAAAUAGCAGCACUAGCGAGCGACGAAGAAGAUGAAAAGGAAAGAUUGGCUCCAGCAAGGUUUUCAUUACCGGCCUCGGUUGAAUCGAUCGCAGAUAGACAUUCAUAUAAAAGACCUAAGCCUGCACCAGCCAGCGAUACAGUGAUCCCCGUCCAUCCACCUAGUGUGCAAAUGAAAGAACAGAUUAAAGCACGUUUCUCAAUAGGACAAGCUCGUGACAGUAAUCCAGAUGACAGUAGCAAGGCUGAUCUUGAUGCAUCUAGACUGUCUCUGAAUUCCCCUCCUAUUUCGAACGUCUCUACACCAAUUAAAAGGAAACGAAGACUAACUGGAUCCCUACCUAAACCGCUUGCUCAUAACAUUACAACUUCUACUAAAACUCAUACUGAUAUUGGAACCGUCAACAAUAAUGACAGUAAAACUAAUAGCAACAGUACUAACGUUCAUUUGAUACCACAGUUUAAAAUAUAGAAUAUAAUCAUAAGUCAACACCCGCAAGAAGAAGCUGUACGAGCAAUAGCCUCUUUAUUCUAUUCACACAUUGAUAUUAACAUUUCUUUUAUCUCUCGUAUACCCGUUGUAUUUAUCGCAGUUCCAUGACC